UCCAACGACAGGCGGGCGCUUCCUUCCGUCCCCAACACAAACCCUAAGGAGCGGCUAUGGCGGUGGAAGGAGAUCCGAGAGCCUCGGCAAAUAAAUCACUCGGGGAUGCUGUGGAUGAUCUGCCCAUCUUCAACGUCGACAAUCUCCAGAGCAACAUUAAGUCGAUCUACUAUAGUCGUACCUUCUUGUCCAUCAUUGGUGGAGUGAUUGCUGGAAUAUGGGGAUUUACAGGCUUUACAGGCUUCAUCUUUUAUUUCAUAGUGAUGGCAGCUGCUUCUCUCAGUCUCGCAGCGAAAGCAAAAUUUUCUGUCCAUGCAUACUUCGACUCUUGGAGCAGGAUUUUGGUUGAUGGGAUUUUUGGUGGCCUCAUGUCUUUUGUGCUGUUCUGGACAUUUGCGUAUGACAUCGUUCAUAUAUUUUGAAGAAGACAACAUUUUGGUGAUUUUGGAAGGUGCCUUGGAGCAUUCAAGGAUUCUUCUUUUAUCUAACCUUCUUCGAGCUACAAAAGGUCAAUCGCUUAUCUUCACAACUCUCAACCUCUUAUGUGGUGGAAACUUUUCUGUUAAACUUUUAAGAUGCAUACAGUUUUUUUUUCUGGUUAAUCUACAACUCGAUGCUGCGAAGACUGCAGCAAGUCUUCAUAGUGCUUUGGAUAAUUGAUUCUGCUUAUUCAAGUGAUUUUGUUUCUGCUUUUG